AUGAAAACUUUGGAUAAGGCUCAGUUAUGGAAGGUCCUCACGGAUAAAAUUUCAGUCAUGGGAAAUGACAAGAUAGUAGUGGUUGGUGACUUCAACGCCCUACUAGAUUUGGAAGAGAAACAGGGUGGUCUGAGAAUGCCAAAUAAGGUGAUGGAAGACUUUAGAGAUUUUGUCAAUCAGAAUCACUUAAUGGAUGUGACUCCCAAGAACGGGACCUUCACAUGGACCAACCGACGAGCAAACUUUGCUCAUAUAUCAGAGCGGCUGGAUAGGCAUUUCAUUGGAGAAGCUUGGUUGGAGUCAUCCUUUCAGGUAGAAGCCUUCAUUCUUCCAAUCUCCGUGUCUGAUCACUUCCCUGUAGAACUAAAAUUGAGCGAGGCCCCAAUAAAAGGAAGAAUGUCAAAUGAUUCAUACCAUAGAGAAGUUGCACUCAAACAGGAAUUGGCAGAAAUUCUUUUGAGAGAAGAAUGCUUUUGGAGAGACAAAUCAAGGGAGCUUUGGAUCAGAGAGGGCAAUGCAAACAUGAAGUUCUUUCAUGCAUCGGUAAAAGGAAAUAGGAUCAAGAACAGAAUUUCGGAGAUUGCAGACCAAGAUGGUAACAGACACUCUACCCCAGAUGCCAUCGAGGAAGUAGCUAUCACCUUUUUCAGAAAUUUGCUUGGGGAAGCGGGGGAAAAAACUCUCAUUAUUUAUUGA